UAUAAAACUGGAGUAACACAAUGGUGAAUCAGGCCCCGGGUCUCUUGUUAUAUGUUUUAUCCAUGUUUUUCCUACCCUCUUGACCAACACCAUUGAGACCUUUUCUAACUCGAGCUAAUCCCUCAUGAACUCUUUUCUAAAGCAUAUGGUGUAUGUUGGAAAAACAAUGUGAUUUUUUUGUUCCUGUGAACAGAAUCUCCAGUUUGUACACAAGAGGGUUUAUUACUUACUAAACAAGAGGAAGAGUUGUAUGUCGGGGAUCAGCAGGAUUUGGAGGGCAGAAAAGUCCCUAAAGAGCUCUACACUGGAGCCCUGCCUCAUUCACUGAACAGGAUGGACUGUGCUGUGGGGAUGAAUCAGGGUUGUGGCUGAUCAGAGGCUUAUAAUUUGGUCAAAUGUGGGUGAAUUUUCAUGGGGGUGGCAAUAAGCACAUCCCUGACACCCGUGGGACCCUAUACCACAAGUCAAGUCCUUGCUCCAAAUCAAGGAGAUGCAGGAAAACGAAAAGACCAUGCAGUUUCCAAGUCUGACACUUUAUCCCAGACUGAGGAAGGCAAAGAGUUAUGCAUCAGGGUACUGCUAGAGUCAGAGAAUACAGAGAUGCCUAUAGACCCAUGCACUGGAUUUCAAAUUUGUGCAACCGACAUUUUAUCACGGAUUAAACAAGAGGAAGAGCCAAGUAUCUGUGAGCAGCAUGAUUCAGAGGGAAACGAAAUCCAUACAGAUCCCAGCACAGCGAAAGAUGGAAGCACAAACAAGGAUAAGCUCCCUGGAAAACCUCUUGAAAGCAUUGUGUACAAGUCUAGAUUAUAUGGAAAACUUGGAGAAGAGUGUUUGCAGAAUCCCAAACAGAGAGUGACAUGGAAGAGUGUGUACAAUUCAAAAAUGCAGCAGGCAACUGCUAGUGGGAACAGUCUGGGGGUUUCAUCUCUCUGUGACAAAAAAUUAUUAAUCCAUCAGGAAGAACCCUACCCAGAAGACAGACUGUAUACAAGUACUGAAUGUGAGAAAAACUGUACUCAAAAGGUGUAUCUUCAGAAUCACCAACAAGCCCACACAGGAGAGAGACUGUUUGCAUGCGCUGAGUGUGGGAAAAGUUUCCAGCUGAAGGUAAGUUUGACAAAACACCAAAGGAGCCAUGGAAAAGAGAAACCCUAUGAAUGCAGCCAAUGUGAGAAGAGCUUCAUUUGCCACUCGUGGCUCAUUAGACACCAAAUGAUUCACAGUGGAGAGAGGCCAUAUAAAUGUACCGAAUGUGACAAAAGCUACAGCAGAAAGGAUUAUCUUCUAAAUCACCAACGCCGGCAUUUAGGGGAGAAAUUAUUCCAGUGUAAUGUGUGUGGGAAAAGCUUUGUGCUGAAAAGAAGCUUAGUUAAGCAUCAAAAAAGUCACAUGAAAGAGACCCAAUCCACUUAGCCAGUUGAGUCUUAGACACCAGAUGAUUCACACAGAGAAGCUGGAACAAUCACUAGGUGAGGGAAAAACUGAGUAGGAAAUCUAUGAUCCUCAAAAAUAAUCCUAUCACCAGUGACUCCAUCUGAAGGCUUCACAGGGACCUGGAUACACAACAGAGAGACCAGCUUGAUGUAAAAGGAGAGAAUGCAUUAAUAUCUGUUCACAAGCUACUAUGUGAGACAGAGCUCACUGAAAAUAGGUCAGAAAAUGCAUGUUAGUGUGACCCACAACAGGAAAAAGGGAUUGUUGGCUCUUUACUGAGAGGAAGGACUCCUACCAUUUGAAAUUUAGAACCCAUUUCUGAAGCCCUUCCGAGAAGCAGCAGAUACUUAGGAAUGGAGUUUGGGAGGUGAAAUGCACCCGUAGCUCCCAUGUAAGUCAAAGGUAGCGCUCGGUAUUCAGUACCUCUAUAAAUCAAACUUUUAGCCCAUUCAAGCCAGGCAAAUGGAGAUAGCUGAAGAUUACCUGGCUGAGACUCCUUAUGAGUUGAAAACUGACUAGAGAAAGCUUACAGUAUCGAUUUCUUUUCGGACAGCCUGAGUUUUCCACCUUCCAAAUGUAAUGUUCCAUAUUACAGACUGUUGUGUGUAUAUAUGUGUGCAUUACUGGAGACUGAAGAUUUUUAUAUGUUGAUAUUUGUCCUGGUUUUGAGAACCCUUUUUUUUAAUUUUCACCACAUUUGGGUUUUGAAGGCAACAUUAUGGGGAAUAAAGUGGAGAAGCAUUUGUUGUGCUGCAGCAGC